AUGAAUAGUAGAGCACAUCGUCUAGUACAACUUGCGUGUGAACAACAAAAAACAGCAGAAUUAUUAGAUUUGAAGCUAACUACUGAACCAUCUAGUCAUACGGAGAUACAGAUACCUAGUGGUAGUGAAGUAAUUGCAACGAAUGAUCAAUUGGAUAUUUCAGAUAAUAGUUCCUUAAGUUAUCAUCCUGAAACUAGUGAAGAGGACUCCCAGGAGUCUGAUCAUGAAGAAGGGCUUCAAAAUAGUUUUGUAUUAAGCUUUUAUCAACCAAAGAAGGAUCAAUGUACCAAAUGUAAUACAUACAAUGCAUCUUUAGACAAAAGUGACUUGGAAAAUAAGUGGCAAGCACACAAGAAUAGAGAAAAUGAAGCACUGCAGCUGAAUCUUUCUGACAAAAUAAGAGCAGAAGAGGAUCAAGGAAAAACAUUUAGAUCUAUUUCGUUGAAUCUACAAAGCAUUUUAACAUUUCCAUUUGCAGGUAACUCUGCAAUAUUUUAUAAAAGAAAGUUAAAUGCAUUCAAUUUUACGAUUUUUGAACCCCAUUCACGACAUACUUCAAAAAAGCUGCAACAGCCUAAUCCUAAUAUAGAAAUUACAGAGCAACGUAAGGCAGACCUUACCCUUGCUAAAACAUCUUAUCUAGAGAAAAAAAAGGAAAUGUCUCUACAUGAAGAGAAAGUGGCUUUUGCCAGUUUUGACUUAGAAAAGUGUCUACCUACUCCCUUUCUAAAUAACAGUGUAUCUUUUUAUAAACGAUCCUUAUGGACAUACAACCAUACAUUUUACACCAUAUCAAAUAAAAAAGCUACACCAAUUUGUUACAUGUGGGAUGAGUCCGUUGCGGAGCGUGGUGGCAAGGAAAUAGCCUCUUGUCUUUGGGCCUACCUACAGAGCCUCCCAACUUGUACUGAAGUGGUAAACUUUUUCAGCGACACCUGCCCAGGACAAAAUAGGAAUAUUUAUAUUGCGGUAAUGUUCAGUUUUUUUAUGAUGAGAUUGGCACAAAAUAAAGAUAAUGAUUUUGCACACAAUUUUAUGACAAUAAACCAAAAAUUUUUAGAACCUGGGCAUGUCCACAUAGAAGCCGACACCAUCCAUGCUCUAAUUGAGAGAGGGAGACAAACAUGA